CUCGGCUGCUUGGGCUGGAACACUGCUUUGUGGGCUCCACACCCUCUGACUUCCUGGCCACGGAGAGCUUUCUAGGCGCUGACAGGGCUGAGCGGGAUGUGGGGGAGGACUUCACCCUGCUGCCCCCCAAGGCCUCUGCCUCUGCUGCCUGGCAUGAGUGAUGGGGACAGAGUCUGUCUUCCCAGGGAUCCAGCCCGCGCUCUGGAGCCGCGAGGACGUGCUGCACUGGCUGCGCUGGGCCGAGGGCGAGUACUCCCUGCAGCGCACCCGGGAGCGCGGCUUCGAGAUGAACGGCCGUGCGCUCUGCAUCCUCACCAAGGACGACUUCCGGCUCCGCGCGCCCGGCUCAGGUGACGUCCUGUACGAGCUGCUCCAGUACAUCAAGACCCAGCGGCAAGCCCUGGUGUGCGGCCCUUUCUUCGGCAGGGCCUUCAGGCAGAAGAUGCCCCGUGGGCACUGCCCCUGCCCCCAGCAAGAGGGGACCAGGCCCUCUCGGGUGGCCCAGGGAGGCCUCCUGCAGCAGCCACCCGACCUGGAGCUUACCAACUCCUGGAGCCACCUGGAUGCCCCUGGCCUGGCCAGGUGGCCCCCCGGCAGGGAGGAGUCCCCCAGCUUCCCUCUCCGUGGGGAGCUCAGCUGUAGGGCAGAGGGAGUCUGCUCCUUCCCCACGAGGCCGCAGGCCCCCGUCGACGGCAGGAUUGAUGGCAGGAUCGCAGACUGCCGGCUGCUGUGGGACUACGUGUACCAGCUGCUCUCCGACACCAGGUACCAGUCCGUCAUCAGGUGGGAAGACGAGAACGCCAGGAUCUUCCGAGUCGUGGAUCCCAACGGGCUCGCCAGGCUCUGGGGGAACCACAAGAACCGCGUGAACAUGACCUACGAGAAGAUGUCGCGUGCCCUGCGCCACUACUAUAAGCUGAACAUCAUCAGGAAGGAGCCCGGCCAGAAGCUCCUGUUCAGGAUUUCAAUCUAAAAAUGGGACCAGAGGAUACGAAAUGGAGAACUGCAUGCAUGUACCCGCAGAAGAACAGAACUUGAGAACUGAGACUGAUUUCCAUUAAAUGCCCGAUUUACAGAAAACAGAGAUGAUCUCCUGCCCGAUCAAUAUCUGCCAAGAAUCUCUCCCCAUCUCCAAGCUAAUGAGCCCCGUGCUUGGACUCUGCCGGGACUUCCUCUUCUUUGCACCGCCUGCCUAUAA